GAAAUGAUAGCGAAGAGAAUGGGGGUACUAUGUCGCAAAUUCUGGCACGGCUAUAUCGCAAAGCAUCUCUUGCUGAGAAACAGGUUGUGAAAGCCAACCAAGAUGAAAUUAUGAGUUGGUAUUGCUUUGCCGAAAGUUUCAAAAAAAAAGUAAAAGAAAUUAUGGAUAACGAUAUGAGAUUAAAUGGUCAACAAGCUAAAACACGAGUUUAUAAAGAAGUUGUUAAUGGGAUAGGUUUUGCAAAAAUAAAAUGGAUUAAGACGUAUA